CGGCGAGUCCCCCGGCAGCGCCCCGCCGCCGCCGCCCUCGGCCGGGGAGGCCUCGCCGCUGCCCGAGGAGCCCUCGGCCGCCUCCAUGGCCAGCAGCCGGCUGCAGCUCAGCACCUCGCUCGCCUUCUCCGACCUCACCGAGGAGCUGCUGGACGCCGGCACCGACGGGCUGCUCCGCGAGCUGGAGGACCUGCGCUCCGAGAACGACUAUCUCAAGGAUGAGAUCGAGGAGCUGCGCGCCGAGAUGCUGGAGAUGAGGGACGUCUACAUGGAGGAGGACGUCUACCAGCUGCAGGAGCUGCGGCAGCAGCUGGACCAGGCCAGCAAGACGUGCCGCAUCCUGCAGUACCGGCUGCGCAAAGCCGAGCGGCGCAGCCUGCGCGUGGCGCAGACCGGCCAGGUGGACGGCGAGCUCAUCCACAGCCUGGAGCAGGACGUCAAGGUGGCCAAGGACGUCUCCGUGCGGCUCCACAAUGAGCUGGAGGUGGUGGAGAAGAAAAGGAUCAGGCUGGAGGAGGAGAACGAGGACCUGCGCCAGCGGCUGAUCGAGACGGAGCUGGCCAAGCAGGUGGUGCAGAACGAGAUGGACAAGCUCCGAGAGAAUUCCCUGAAGAAAAGGGGGUCUCGCUCCAUCGGAAAGGCCGAGAAGAAGCCAUCAGUGCAGGAGGACAGCGCGGACCUGAAGUGCCAGCUGCAUUUCGCCAAGGAGGAGUCAGCCCUGAUGUGCAAGAAGCUGACCAAGCUGGCCAAGGAGAACGACGGCAUGAAGGAGGAGCUGCUGAAGUACAGGUCCCUCUAUGGGGACCUCGACAGCUCCCUGUCCGUGGAGGAGCUGGCCGACUCGCCCCACUCACGCGAGGCCGAGCUCAAGGUCCACCUCAAGCUGGUGGAGGAGGAAGCCAACAUCCUCAGCCGCAGGAUAGUGGAGCUGGAGGUGGAGAACCGCGGCCUGCGGGCAGAGAUGGACGACAUGAAGGGCCAGGGGGACAGGGAGCUGCCGGGGCAGGACCUGCGGUUCCUGGCAUGCCCCUCGGGCUGCGGGGACGCGGGGGACACGGUGGUGGAGCUGCGCCGGCACCUGCAGUUCGUGGAGGAGGAGGCCGACCUGCUGCGACGCUCGCUGCUGGAGCUGGAGGACCAGAACAAGCUCCUGAUGAACGAGCUCAACAAGUACAAGUCGGACCACGAGCUGGACGUGACGCUGUCAGAGGAUAGCUGCUCGGUGGUCAGCGAGCCCUCGCAGGAGGAGCUGGCCACGGCCAAGGUGCAGAUCAGCGAGCUGAGCGGCAAGGUGAAGAAGCUGCAGUACGAGAACCGCGUCCUCCUCUCCAACCUCCAGCGCUGCGACCUGGCCUCCUGCCAGACCACCCGGCCCAUGCUGGAGACCGACGCCGAGGCUGGGGACUCGGCGCAGUGCAUCCCCACCGCCGGCUGGAGGGACGGGCACGGCAGCGAGGCCGAGCAGCAGGACAGGGCGCCCGGCGGGGGGAAGGCGCUGGAUGGCGGUCCCGCUGCCAAGCUCCUCAAGGUCAAGGACUUCGAGACCCUGCUGGGCAUCCGGGACCAAGCGGCGCUCGUCAGCAAAGCCAUCGACGUCUUGAUCUCGGACGCCAAUGGCUUCACCUCCAGCUUGAAGCUGUGCCUGGACAAUGAGUGCGUGGGGGGGCUGCUGGCCGAGGCAGUGGAUAACAGCAGCGAGGGCCCCAGCGACGCCAAGCUGAUGAACGUGCUCCUCAUGAGGCUGGGGGUGCUGCAGCAGGACCUGGGCUGCUUCAUGAGGAAGGUGGACCACCUCGCCGGCGGCCUCAAGGAGCACACGGACUCCUUCCCCUUCUCCGGCAGCCACGAGGCCACCAAAGAGGGGCUGCAGAAGGAGAACGGCUCCGACUUCCAGCAGCCUGAUUUUAGGGACGCCGACCCUUACCGCAUCACCCACGCCAAGGACACGGACCCCGCGCAUCCCCGGAGCUACAAAACCUGCCGGCCCGACGAGAACGACUCCUACGCCACCGAGAUGAAGGAGCUGCAGCUGGUGCUGUCGGAGGCCAACGAGAGCCUACGGGGGCUGCAGGAGCAGCUCUCGCAGGAGAGGCAGCUGCGGAAGGACGAGGUGGACAACUUCUCGCAGAAGAUCUGCCAGCUGAAGGAGGACCACCAGAAAGCCCUGCUGCGGCGUGAGUUCGAGCUGCAGAGCCUGAACCUGCAGAGGCGGCUGGAGCAGAAGUUCUGGAGCCAGGAGAAGAACCUGCUGGUACAGGAGUCACAGCAGUUCAGGCAGAGCUUCCUCCUGCUUUUCAUGAAGCUCAAGUGGUUCCUCAAGCGCUGGCGCCAGGGCAAGAUAGUGCACAGCGAGGGCGAUGACUUUCUGGAGGUGAACAGCAUGAAGGAGCUGUACCUGCUGCUGGAGGAGGAGGAGCUCGCCCCGCAGCAGCAGGCGGACAACAAGACCUGCGCUGGGGACGCCUGGACCCCCAACACGCCCAACGAGUGCAUCAAGACGCUGGCGGACAUGAAGGUGACCCUGAAGGAGCUGUGCACCGAGCUGCGGGAGGAGCGGCGCGGCGCCGGCGAGCUGCAGCAGCAGUUCACCAAGGCCAAGGCCGCCUGGGAGAUGGAGCGUGCCGAGCUCAAGUGCCACAUCGCCCAGCUGGAGGCCAAGGCGGGCAAAGGCCUCACCGAGCGGGCGCUGCCAGACUGGAAGGUGGCCCUGAAGAGGGAGCGUGAGGAGCACCAGCACCUCCUGGCCGAGUCAUACAGCGCCGUCAUGGACCUGACCAAGCAGCUGCAGAUCAGCGAGAAGAACUGGAACCAGGAGAAGGUGGAGCUGCUGGCCCGCUUCAAGGAGGAGCAGCAGCAGGCGGAGCAGCAAGCGAAGGACCUGCAGAACAAACUCAACCAGUUGCAGAAAGGAACCAACCCAUGGGCUUUGAAGCACUCUGAAAUGGAGAAGCACGGCGGCAACUGGAAAGAGGCUCUCAAUGAAAAAAUCACAGACAAAGAGACAAUCUCUGAAGAAGAAGCCAAGGGAACCAACUUAAAAAGGACCAAGUCCGUUUCCUCCAUGUCAGAGUUCGAAAGCUUGCUCGACUGUUCUCCCUACCUCCCUGGAAAGACUGCGCCCGGGCUGGGUGACCAUUCCCGAGGCAAAAAGGUGUCUGCAGCCGCCCAGCUGCUGCCCAACGGGAUCCGGGACAGCACCGGCCUUCCUCCCCCAAACUGUACAUAUGUGAAUAUCGAGCAACCUGCCCCUGACGGCCUGGCCAAGGAGAAGCUGGGCAUCUCCUCCUGGGACUACUCGCGGGCCAGCAGCUUCUCGGGGCACGACCCGGCCCAGAAGCAGAUGCAGAGGAGCUACACGGCGCCUGACAAGACGGGGAUCCGCAUCUACUACAGCCCGCCUGUGGCGCGGCGGCUGGAGGCACCUCUGGUGCACAACAAGGAGGGGAAGAUCAUGAUCGAGCCCGGCUUCUUGUUCACCAUGGCCAAGCCCAAGGAGCCAGAGGAGUCGGCCAGCGCGGAGAGCACGUACAGCCAGUGGCUGUGCAACUUCUCCAAGCAGCAGCGGGAGCUGCUGGACGGCGGCACGGUGGAGAGCGCGGUGCCGCCAGUGCCCCGCUUCCCGCCCUCGCUGCACGACCUGGAGAUCUCUGGCAACAUGAGCGACGACAUGAAGGAGAUCACCAACUGCGUGCGGCAGGCCAUCCGCUCCAGCUCGCUGGAGAGGAAGGUGAAGAGCGCCUCGAGCCAGACGGUGGGGCUGGCCCACGUGGGGACGCAGACCAUCCAGACGGUGAGCGUGGGCCUGCAGACGGACCUGCCGCGCGGCGGCGUGCACGGCAAGAGCUGGUCCCCGCGCAGCUCCUCCCUCGUCUCUGUGCGCAGCAAGCAGAUCUCCUCCUCCCUGGACAAGGUCCACUCCAGGAUCGAGCGGCCCUGCUGCUCCCCAAAAUAUGGCUCUCCGAAGCUGCAGAGGAGGUCUUCCUCCAAACUGGACGCCUCCAAGGACAGGAGCCUCUGGAACCUGCACCAGGGCAAGCAGAACGGCUCUGCCUGGGCCCGCUCCACCACCACCCGCGACAGCCCCGUGCUCAGCAACAUCAACGACGGCUUGUCCAGCCUCUUCAGCGUGGUGGAGCAUGCGGGCAGCACCGAGUCCAUCUGGAAGCCGGGCUGCCCCGAGGGCAGCAGGGCCAAGCCCGAGGCCCCCAAGUACGGCCUGGUGCAGGAGUUCUUUAGGAACGUCUGCGGGCGGGCGCAGAGCCCCACAGGCCCCCCAGAGAAGAAGGAUGCCAGCACUGGGGAGGAGGGUGCCAAGAAAACCGAGCACCCCGGCCCGGCCGCCUACCACCCGGCCGAAAGCGCCUCCCGCAUCUUGAGCAAGAAAGUCCUCAAACAAAGCAGCUGCGAGGACCCAAAGCUGUCGUCCCCCAGCCAAGGGAGCAAGGAGGCGGCCCCCCGGGACCCCGACCUCAUCUCGGCUCUAGCCAGCGAGGACAUGGCGUGCGACUGCAGCUCGCAGUCCCUCACCUCCUGCUUCGCCCGGCCGUCCCGCUCCGCCGCCCGCCACUCGCCCUCCAAGUGCAGGCUGCACCCCGCGGACCCCCCCAGGGCGGAGGAGAAGCCGGGGCCCCUGAGUGAGUGAGGACGGCGGGACGGGGCGCGCAGCCUUGCCUGCUUCCCACUCUCCUGCCCCGAGAGCGCCCGCGGGGCCCCUCUCGGGGACGCAUCUGUCUCCUAACCGUCCCCUCACCCUUGGGGACGCUUAAGAAGCAGAUGGCGAAGGGCGCCGGGCGGCGGAGGCUGCCGGCAGCAGCGGGGCGUCCCGCCGGGGUGGCCGUGUCACCGGCACGGGGGGGAGCGGCGGGGUCCCCACGGUGGCCUCGGGAAGGGGACGGCCGCCGUGCGAGGUGGCGGUGCUGCUCGUCCAGGGGUGAAGCGCAGCGGGGUUGGAGUCGAGGGAUGGAGGCAGCGUGGCUCCGUGGGCUGGAUCCGGCCCCAUGACCAGCGCCGCCUGCCCGGCGUGUCCCUGAGGGCCCCGGUUGCGGGGCGGUUGCAUCAGCCGCAUCCAUCGGCUGCAUCCUGGAGGCUGGGGGGAGGCGAGGAGGGUCCCUGGGCUGGGCGGCACGUGGAGGCUGUCCCUAUCUGUCCCCAUCGCCCUCCCACUGCAGGGAGGCUGCCGGGCUCCUCCGCUGGUGGGAAGGGUCUGGGCAGCCCCCGGCGUGGUGGGGAAGCUGGGUGUAUGCGUGGCGUGUCCUCGUCUCCUCUCCUACCCUAAUCCCAAGGGGCCUUGGCUGGGAGCAGCGUGGUGGGACCCCCCCAGCAGCCUCCACCCUGCAGAGCGCCCACCUCCCUGCCCGGGGCCACGUGUAGUUAUUUGCUCCUCCAAGUGCUGAGUUUAAAUAUUCCUCCUUCCCUUCCCCCCCCCUUUUUUUUUUUUCCCCUUCUUCCUCCUCUUUUGGCUCUGCCCAACUCCGGACAGCCUGCAAUGUAAACCAAGUGCAUUUUUUGAAAACAAAACAUACCGAAAUGAGCUAAAUUGGAGAUGCACCGAUUGGAUUAAGAGAUUGUGGGCUGGGCGGCUGCAGCACGGCUCCCAGCCUCCGCCGCACAGCGGUCGGGCAGUCGCCUUCGAGAAAAGCCUCAUCUGGGGAGGGAGGAGGGCAGCAUCCCAGCAGCGCUGGUGCCCCUGUGCGCAGCCCAGGGCGAGAAGGGUGAUUUUGGAGAUGGCUGCUUGACCUAUUUUCAAGCUGCAUGCCAGGGGCUGGGCAGGAUUUGCACAGAUGGAGCUGCCUGCAGGUGCCUGUGCCUGCCGGGGGUCUGGGCAUUGCUCGGGGGGGCUCUGGGCAUUGCUCUAGAGCCUCUGGGCAUUGUUCUGAGGCUGUGUAUGCUGCUCCAGGGGCUCUGUGCAUGGCCCCGGGGACUCUCAGCAUUAUUCUAAGGCUGCGGACAUCACUCCUGGGGCUCUGUGCAUUACCCAAGGGUGCUGGACAGUGCCCUGGGGGCUCUGUGCAGUGCCCUGGGGGCUCUAUACACAGCUCCAAAGGUUCCUGCAUUGCUCAGGGGCUGUGUGUAGUGCUCUGGGGGCUCUGUGCAAGCCCCCAGGGGCUCUGUACACUACCCUGGGGGCUCUGCGCGCUGCUCCAGAGCCUGUGCGCAUUGUUCUGAGGCUGUGUACAUCGCUCCAGGGGCUCUGUGCACUGCUGUCAUCUUGCAGCCACGCUUAAAAAAUGCUCCUGCUGCCGCAGCUGCUGCCCCCUCCCGUCCAGCCGCACACUGCCCGCAGCAGGACGGCUGCAUCACUGCCACGUCGCAGCCUCCGUCAGCAUCUCCGCGACAGCCGCUCACUGCCUGUGUCUCCGGACACACCAGCAUCAGCCAGGGCCAGCCGGCCCAGCACCGAUGGCCUUUCGCUCUGGGGGCAGCCAGCCGGCCCCCCGGGGCCCUCGUCCCCCGGGCGUGGGGUAGGCGCUGCCCUCCGUCACCAGCAGCCAGGGCCAGGCAGCGUCCCCGCCUGCCACCCCCACGUCCCCGGCAGCACUGCCGCCAGCACUCUCCUGCUGUACAUAGAUCCUUUCGGGGUGGUUUUUAGCAUUUUCAUCGAAGACUAGGUUUUGUUUUCGUUUUGUUUUUAAAAGACUCUCUACUUUUGGAAUGUGGUUUCUCAUUUUUACAACUGCCUUUUAAUUAUUUGUAAUAUCGGUCAGUUCUGUCUUAAUCUGUAAAUAGCGGUGCCGGGUGUUUCCCACGGGGAUGGGGACAGGGACAGGGGGCGGCAGGGGCUUUGCAAAGGCAGCAUUGCAGAGAGGCAGGAGCUGCUUUGGCUGAGCCCGGGGUGAUGGGAACAAAUCAUUAGCUGGGGAGGCGGCAGGUUUGGCCUCAGCCCCUGCAGCCUCUGCCCUCGUCCUCACCACGGUCCCUGUGCCCACCCCAAGGUCGCAUGAAGGGCAGGAUCUGCCCCGAUGACGGCGCCCACCCGCACCCUGUGCCGUGCCUGCUUGUCGUGUGAUGAAUAAAGGCCCUGCAGACCUUCACCUGCGCCCUCGGUGCCGCUUUUGCAGGCUGCAGAGGGGAGCGAGGGGUGGCCCAUGGCCGGGGGUGCCCCCAGGCCCCAUCCCCGCCAGCUGCCCGCACACGGUGUCCCAUCCUCUCCCCAUCCCUGUGUCCUGACCCUGCUCUGCCACGUCGCCGUGGCUUCCCUGCCAUCGCCCUUGGGUCCUCCGUGGCCUCUCACCCCAUGUGGGCUCCUCUCGGCUCCGUGGUGGUCUUGUGACGCUGGUGCUCCCCACACCUCCCCUGUCCCAGCCUGCUCAGCCGUGUCCUCAUCACUGCCCUGGCUUCCUACCCUCAUGCCCCUCAUCACCCAGAGGUCCCAGCCUCCUCCAGGCUCACUACAUUCAGCUGUCCCUCCCUGAGCUCCUCCAUCACCUCCCGUGUCACACCCCUCCUUUUGCUCCUCCAUCAUCCUUUGCGUACCAUCCCUUCUGUCCCUGCUCCUCAGUCCCCCAACGUGUCCCAUCCUUCCUUCUUCUCCUCCAUCUUCAGCUGCAUCUCUUUCCUCCUGUGUGCUCUUCCAUUGCCCACCAUGUCCUGCCCCUCAUUAUUCUGCUUCUGCGUCAGCCACCCAGCUCAUUCCUGCUUCCCAUGUCCCACCCCUUCCACAUUCCUUCCCUCUUCCUGUGCACUUCCAUCUUCUGCUAUGUCCCAUCCCUCCUUCCCCUGCUUCUCCAUCACCCACCCAUCCCAUUCCUCCUUCCCGUGCUCCUGUCACCCAGUGUCCCAUCCCUCCCUGCCACGUUCCUGUUAGCUGUGUCGUCCCACGUGUCCUUCCAUCCCUGCCACAUCCUCUUCCUCCUUAGCUCCGGAGUCCUCCCUCACAUCCUAUCCUUCCUUGUCCUCUGCCGUCACCCACCGCCUCCAUCCCUCCUUCCUGUGCUCCUGUCACCCCUGCACCCCAUCCCUCCCUGCCAUGUUCCUCCAUCACCCACCAUGUCCCAUCCCUCGUUACUGUGCUUCUCCAUCGCCCAUCGCCUCCCAUUCAUCCUUCUAAUGCCCCUCCAUCACCCCACGGUGCAUCCUUCCCUGCCAUGCUUCACUAUCAUCCGCCACAUCCCAUCCCUUGUUAUCCUCAUCCACCUCCCACCAUCUCCUAAUCUCGUCUUCCUCCGCUUCCACCCUGUCCUAUCUGUCCUCACCUGCUUCACCUCCAGUCUUUUCCUCUCAUAUUACUCCUUUUGUCAACAUCUCACCAUCCCUUCUCAUCAUCCGUGAACUCCCACCAUCAAUGCAACCUGCUUUAACCUCUUCCACUUCUCAUCUUCUCCCCAUCUUUCUUCAUACUCUUCUGCCUCUUAUCUCCUCAUCCUCCUCCACUUCCCCAUCCAAUCCAUCCUCACCUCCCACUAUUACCCUGUCCCUCCAGUUGUCAACAUCUCCCAGUCCUCCUCUUAAUUCACACCCACACAUUUCCAAUCCCCCUCCAUUUCCUACCAUCUGUCUGUCCUCCUCCAUCUCUCACCAGUUUGUCUUCCCCUACCCCUUAACCAUGUCUCCAUCUCUCCUUGUAAUCCUCCUCUAUCUCCCACCGUCUCCUCUACCUCCUCUUCUUCCAUCUCUCCUUCCCUCGUCCUCCACCACCUACCAUCUCUUCAUCUCCUCUCAUCUCUCCCCUCCUCUUCCUCUACUGUCCAUCAUUUUGUCAAACUCCAUCCUCCUCCACCUCCUGCUGUCCCCAGUUCCAUUUCCCAACAUCUCCCACCGUUUGCCUGUUCUUCCUCAUCUUCCAGUUCCCACCUGCCUGGUUCUCCUCAUCCUCCUCCAACCUCCUGUUUUCUCUUUUCAUCAUCCUUCACUUUUCAUAUCCCGUAUCUCAUUGUCCUCCGCUGCUUUCCCCUAUCUCCUAUACCUUCAUCCUCCAUCUCCCACCUCUGCUUCCUCCACCUCAGCCUUCCCGUCCAUCCUGCCAACCUCCCCCUUCCAUCAUUCCCCAUCCCUUUUCAUGCACUUUCAGCUCUUGCCGUUGCCUGUCUCCUCACAC